AUGGCUCAGCGAGUUGCAGUGAUAACAGGUGCGGCAUCGGGCAUCGGGCUCGCUGUGACGAAACAUCUGGUUGCGAAGGGAUGGCGAGUCGCCAUGGCCGAUAUCAAUGGGGAUUCGGGACAAAAGAUUGCUACUGAACUUGGAGACCAGGUGGUGUUUUGCCUCACGGAUGUCUCUUCAUACUCUCAACAAGCAUCGUUAUUCGAAAAGGCUUUUUCGUGGGGAGAUGGCAGGCUCGAUCUUUUUGCCGCCAAUGCCGGGAUUGCCGACACGCAAUUCCUCCACGAAAACGAUUACCAGUACGCCAACGAUGGCCAGCCGCUGCCUUUCGAACUCAAAGGCCUGGAUGUGAAUCUCACAGCCGUCAUCCAAGGGCUAUGGCUGUUUAAACACUAUGCGCGGCGGAACAAACUCGCAGGCGGUAAGGUUGUCAUUACCUCGUCUUCUGCAGGGCUCUAUGCCAUGGAAACCAACCCCAUAUACACAGCCUCCAAGCAUGCCCUCGUCGGGCUUACCAGAGCUCUCGGGCCGGUUCUGCAACGGCAGAAUAUUCAACUGAACGCCAUUUGCCCAGCCUUUGUACCGACCGGUCUAUGCCCCGAAGGGAUGCUGGAUCGCUUUCCAAAGGAACAUAUCACUCCAAUGUCAACGGUCAUCAAAGCAUAUGAUACCUUCCUUGAAGAUGAUAGACUGUGUGGGCAGAUUGUGGAACUUAGUCUGGACAAGCUAUAUUUUCGUACCCAGCCCGACUACCCGAAUGAGAGUCAACGCUGGUUGGGGGAAGAGUCGGCCAGCUUUUGGGAGGAGGCUUAUAAGGCACCUGUAGGCUCGUGA